CCGGGGCCUGUAUUCACUAUAACUGGUCACCCACAGUGCACAGAACAUGGAGAUGCAGUUAUUUUAGUAAAUAUAAACUGCUUAAUACCUUCUCAAUGGUGGUUAGAGCAGUCUUGUGACUUCUAUCAGUGUCCAGCAGAACACUGGUUAAAGCUUGUAGGAGGAGUUUUCAUUCUCCCCUGAUUGUCCUAUGAGGCUGCAGGACCCCUGACCACUGUCUCGACAGUGCUGAUUGGCCCCGUGCUGAUCACAUGCACUCGCCCCCCCAAAAAAAAAAAACUCUCGAACAAUGCAGAUCAAGCUGACUAU